AUGGCCGCCUCACGGCUUCAGCACAAUAAAAUGCCAAGCAACUUCUGCACUGCCGUUCUCAUCACACCAUCACAAAGCCAUACCCGCAGCCUUGCUCCGCCAGGCAGAUUCAUGGGCUUCAGUGCCGCCGUCACACUCAACAGUAUCAUUAACAGACAACCAUCCAUUGUUGGUCUUGUUCAAGAGCGAAGCAGCUUCCCCGCAGAACUUGGCCUUCUUGAGCCUCGGCCUUUGGUAUACUGGAGCAGCGUGGAAGACAGAAUAGGCUGCCUAUGA